UCCAAGGCCUCGAGUCUUUGGCGGCUCUGGAGGACAGAACAUGGCCAGGGAACCUGACAAGGCACUGACACCAGCGACCCUGGUGGUGCUGGCCACCCUGGGCACAGCUGCGAUCGCGACCACGAACCCCGGCAUUGUGGCCAGGAUCACCCAGAAAGGCCUGGACUAUGCCUGCCAGCAAGGAGUGGCCGUGUUGCAGAAGGAGCUGGAGAAGAUCACCAUCCCCACAUUCUCAGGAAGCUUCAAGAUCAAGCAUCUUGGGAAAGGGCAUUAUAGCUUCUACAGCAUGGCUAUCCGUGGAUUCCAGCUUCCCAGUUCCCAGAUAAAACUAGCUCCCAGUGAGGGCCUCGAUCUCUCCAUCGCAAACGCCAAUGUCAAGAUUAGUGGAAAAUGGAAGGCACGAAAGAACUUCAUCAAAACCAGCGGCAACUUUGACCUGAGUGUGGAGGGCGUCUCCAUCUCGGCCGUUCUGAAGCUGGGCUUUGACCCCGCCUCCGGCCACUGCACCGUCUCCUGUCCCAGAUGCAACAACCACAUCAACAGUGUCCGUGUGCACAUCUCAGGCAGCAGCCUGGGGUGGCUGAUCAACCUCUUCCACGAAAAAAUGGAAUCUUCGCUCCGAAACAGGAUGACCAGCGAGAUCUGCAAGGUGGUGACCAGUUCCGUGUCCUCCAAGCUGCAACAGUAUUUAGAGACACUGCCAGUGACAACUCGAAUAGAUCAUGUCGCUGGGAUCAAUUACUCACUGGUGGCACCUCCAACAGCCACGACUGACAACCUGGAUGGGCAGCUGAAGGGGGAGUUUUUCAGGUGGGCCCACCCCAGUCCCCCUCCCUUUGCCCCUCCGCCACUGGCCUUUCCCAGCGACCACGACCGCAUGGUGUACCUGGGCAUCUCCAACUACUUCUUCAACACAGCGGGAUUCGUGUACCAACAGGCCGGGGUCCUGAACCUGACCGUCACGGACAACAUGAUACCAAAGGAAUCCAAAGUCCGACUGACAACCAAUGUUUUUGGAAUCCUCAUACCCCAGGUGGCCAAGAUGUUCCCCAACAUGAAGGUGCAGCUCGUCUUCUGGGCCUCCUCCCCGCCGCACCUCACCAUGCACCCCGAAGGCCUUGUCCUCACCCCUACCCUGGAUGCCCAGGCCUUUGCUGUCCUCCCGAACUCCUCCUUGGCCCCCCUGUUCAUGCUUCGCCUGAGCAUGAACAUUUCUGUGACGGUCGGAGCCACGCCUGACAGGCUUGUGGGACAGCUCAGGUUGAACAGGCUGCUCCUAGAACUGAAGCACUCAGACAUCGGCCCCUUCUCGGUUGAAGUGCUGCAGGCUGUCAUGAACUAUGUUGUACCCAUUGCUGUGAUUCCCAAGGUCAACGAGCGGCUGCAAGAAGGCUUCCCUCUCCCGAUGCCCAAAAACGUCCAGCUCUUCAAUCUGGUGCUUCAGUCUCACCAGCCAGACCCACAACAACAUCUGAGACUACGUAGGGAUGCUUUCUUCUCCUCAAAGGCUCCCUCUCCCGAUUUCCCAGCUGCCUCUCACGGGGUCAGUGCCGGCUUCUUUCCUGGCUCCUUCUUCCCUUUCCUUCCCCUUCCUUCCUCCCUCCCCCUCCCUCCCCUUCUUCCCUUCACCUUCCCUCCCCCUCCCUCUUCCCCUCCUCCGCCCCCUGCCCUCACCCUACCAGCAGGAGUUCUCCAGAGUUCCUGCCCAGGCCUCUGCCCUCCCCCACUCUUGGCUUUCCCUGCCCACUUGCCUCAAGCCAGCAGCCGCCUUUGUGCCACCCAGUGACCCAGCUGCACUUCUAGAUUCUUCCAUGCUCCCAACUUGUGCAUUCGCUGGUGUCCCUGGAGUCUCGGCCCUGAGGCCCCUUAACCCAGCAUGUCCACUGGGUAAUGACACUGCCACCCCACUAUAGCGUUCCUUAACUUGCUCAGUGGCUUUCCUGUUAACCUCGUGGCCUUCGUGGGGCCCGGCCACGUCGCCCAGAUUCCCCGCCCUCCCUCACCCCCAGUCCCCAGUUCUUC